CCGUUGCCAUUAUUAGUGCCCACAGUGGGCGAACAGCCCAUCUCCAAAAUGCCGAAGCAAGCAAAAGUUUGGCGCCAAUUUCAAAAUUUUCCCACCCCUAAUCCACUAUUUCUUCAUUCUUCGCUCUGUCAAUCAAAAACACUGUAUAAAAAAUUUGUUUUAAAACCCUAGAAAUAAAUUUUUCAUUAAUCUCCUUUCAAACUUAAAACCCUAAAAUAAGAAAAACGAAUUUCAUUCAAAAUCAAAGUCCGGAAUGGGGAAAAACGACGUUGAACUAGCAGCUGCAAAAAAGGCAUAUAAGAGUGCAAACGAUAUCGGGAAUCGGAAAGAAGAAGCAAGAUGGGCAAAUGUAAUUGGGGAUAUUCUUAAGGAAAAAGGCGAGUAUUGUAAAGCUAUUAAAUGGCUAAGAAUUGAUUAUCAAAUUUCUUCUGAUUAUUUGGUUGAAAAAGAUCGUCUUCCUGCCUGUCAAUCCAUUGGCGAACUUUAUUUGCGCAUACAAGAUUAUGAAAAUGCUCUUUAUUAUCAGAAAGAGCAUUUACAGCUUGCCAAAGAUGCAGAUAAUCUGAUUGAGCAACAAAGAGCCAGCACACAGCUUGGGCGUACAUAUCAUGAAGUAUUCUCUAAAUAUGAGGAUCAUUCUGCGCUCCACAAGGCUAAAAAGUAUUUCAAGUCUGCUAUGGAUCUUGCUCGAACUCUCAAGGAAAAUCCUCCGGAUUCCAAAUCUUCUUUUCUUAAAGAAUAUGUUGAUGCAUAUAAUAACAUUGGAUUGCUCGAAAUGGACCUUGAUAACUUGAAAGAAGCUGAAAAGAUUCUGACACAAGGUUUAAAAAUCUGCGAUGAUGAGGAGGUGAAUGAAAAUGAUGCCGGGCGCACCAGGUUACAUCAUAACCUUGGGUUUGUAUAUACACAACUAAGAAUGUGGGAUAAGGCUCGAGAGCAUAUCCAAAAAGAUAUAUUAAUUUGUAAAAAUAUAGGUCAUUGCCAAGGGGAGGCUAAAGGUUAUAUUAAUCUUGGGGAAUUAUAUAACAAGAUUCAAAAGUUUGACCGGGCCUUGUCAAGCUACCGGAAGGCUCUUGAAUUGACAAACUCCUUGGAAGAUGAAUAUGCAUUGGCCCGUCAAAUUGAGGAAAAUAUGCGAGUUGUCAAGGAAUAUGUUAAAGUAAUGGAUGAAAUAAAAAUAGAAGCACAAAAUUUAAAGAAGCUAAGACGUAGCAUGACCACGACAAAAGGAACUUCUGGUGAAAGAAAGUGUUUGAGGCAGCAAUUGAAAUCUAUUGACAAUCUCAUUGAGAAAACCAUCAUUGUUUCUGAUUGGUCAAAACAUCUUGAAUUUGCAAAGAUGAAGAAGAAAAUUGCAAAGGAAUUAUGUGACAAAGAAAAGUUGGCUGAUUCACUUUUGGUUGUUGGAGAAUCAUACCAAAAGCUUCGGGAUUUUCGAAAAGCUAGUAAAUGGUAUACCAAAAGUUCGGAAAUAUAUAAAGUGAUUAAUAACUUGGAAGGCCAAGCAAUAGUAAAAAUCAAUAUGGGUGAUAUUUUGGAUUCUAAAGGUGAUUGGAAGGCCGCUUUAGAUGCAUUUAAAGAAGGCUACAAUCUUGCAGUUGAAGCAAAUAAAGUUUCUUUACAAAUUUCUGCACUGGAGAAUAUGCAUUACAGUCAAAUGAUGAGAUUUGAUAAUGCUGAAGAAGUUAGGAAGUUGGAGCUUCAGAUACAAAAUUUGAAGAGUUUAAUCAGCAAUGAGCUGGAACCAAAUGUUGCAUUGAGGGAUAGUUGUUCUGAAACUGAAAGUGAAGGCAAUGACAGUUUAGUGGAGAGCAGGUUUGCUAAUUGUGAAUCAUCUCGCAGUAGUGAAUCUCUUCUGGCGGAGAAACCUCUUUCAAGGAUUGAACAUAUUGUAGUUGAUGAAGCUUCGAGUCCACCUUUGCGCCGUAAGAAGUUGCAGAAACUUGAAACAGACAGUGAAAAAACGGCUAAAAGAUUUUCUAGGAUAACUGAAGCUACUCCCAAAAAAUUCUCUGAUUCACAGGGUAGUCCUUUAACAGUUGGUAGAAAACGUACCCGUUUAGUACUAUCUGAUGAUGAAGAAGAUUCACAAUGUCAAAACAGAAGGCUGGAUAGUACUCGAUCAGAAGAGAUUGCUACAUCCAAUGAAUUGAAGACUACGAGCAUCCAUCAAGAUCCAGCUUGUGACUUACAGGAUUUUGUGCCAGAUGGUUAUAAACAAUGCACAAGUUCUUGCAGUCUUGUUAAUGUUGAAGAAAGUUCGUGUUCACAUAAAUCUUGCCAUGGAAAUGCCAAGAUAAAUGACAAUAAGCCUUGUUUCUUUCAGUGCGGCAUUAUAAUCAAAGUUGAAGAUGUCUUGGUGAGCAUUGAAGCAGAGUCCAAUGUUCUUGCUGGUAAACUUGAUAUUGAGUCCUUGAAGGUUCACGCAGCCUGCUCAUACUAUUUGCAGCUACCUUCUCAGAAGAGGUGCAUUGGCCUAUUGCCAAUUAUUGACCAAUUGAAAAUUGGGGAGCAUAUCAUGUCUACUAAUAAUGCAGUGGAAACUGUUUUGAAUGGUGCUCCAGCAGGAGAGUUGAUAGAAGCUUCAGUUUCUGGAUGGGUGCAGAAGAGAUUGAUAAAUUUGUAUGUUGACUGCUGUGAGAAAUUAUCUGAGAGACCUAAUAUGAAGUUGCUAAUAAAGCUGUACAAUUUGGAGAUUUCUGAAGAUGAAGUCAUUGUUUCUGAUUGUGAGCUUCAAGAUAUGUCAAUAGUUCCUUUACUGGAUGCUUUGAGAACGCAAAAAACAAUAUCUAUGUUGAAUCUUUCUCAUAAUAUGUUAGGGAAUGCAACAAUGGAAAGACUUAAGCAAGCGUUAACAUCUUUAGGUCAGAAAUAUGGGGCCUUGGUGUUAGACCUGCACUGCAAUUUGUUUGGACCUACUGCUUUAUUUCAGAUCUGUGAGUGCCCUGUUCUCAUUAGCCGAUUGGAAGUUCUUAACAUCUCAGGAAACCGUCUAACUGAUGCUUGUGGAGCUUACCUGUCCACCAUAUUGCGUAAUUGCAAAGGUCUUUACAAUCUUAAUAUUGAACGGUGUUCUAUCACAUCUAGAACGAUUCAAACAGUUGCCGAUGCAUUGGAUUCUGAUUCUGUACUGUCACAUCUAUCCGUGGGUCAUAACAACCCAAUAUCUGGUGCUUCUUUAGCCAACCUAUUAAAGAAACUUGCCAAGCUUGAAAGGUUUUCGGAACUGAGUCUGGAUGGGUUAAAGCUAAACAAACAUGCAAUUGAUAGCGUUUGUCAACUAGCUAAAUCUUCGUGUCUGUCAAGUCUCAUGCUUGGUGCUACAAAUAUUGGUUCUGACGGAGCAUUGAAGUUAACCGAGUCCCUGUUCCUGGAGACACAAGAACUGGCAAAGUUAAACUUAUCAUACUGUGGACUUAGACCUAUGUACUUCGAAAGGUUAAAGACGUUUCCUGGACUCUUGAAUAUUGUUGAGAUUAACUUUUCUGGAAACCCCAUCACAUCAGAGGGCGGAAAUGCAUUAGCAUCAUUACUUGCAAAUCCAGACUGCUGUGUAAAAGUUUUGCAGCUUAGCAAAUGCCGUCUUAGUCUCGAUGGGGUCAUCCAAAUCAUCAAGUCGCUUUCUGAGAACGAGUCCCUUGAGGAACUCAACCUCGCUUGCAACAUUGAUCAAACAACAUAUCAACUCACGAAAAAUGAUCUAACUGGAAAAUUGAGUCCAAAAACAUUGAACUCCGAGAAUAAACUCAAUGAUCCUACAACUGAACAGCACGAAGAAGAUGCCUUAAAUCAGCUAGAAGCAGCUGAUAGUUACGAUAACAAUUCAAGGUUUGAGGGCUCAGAAUCACGACUCGAUGAUACUUGCAAUAGUCAAGGCCAAAGAAGCGUACUUCAACCUGACGAUCUGUACGUGAAGGAACUGUCAUCAGCCAUCAGCAACGCCAAGACAUUGCAGUUUCUUGAUCUCAGUGACAACGGCUUCUCAACUGAAGUAGCCGAUACAUUCUACAGUGCAUGGUGCUCUUGUACGAGGAUUUGUGUAGCUCGCAAACAUUUUAACGGCCAAUUACUUCACUUAUCUACCCAAAACAAGAUUUGUUGUGUUAAACCUUGCUGCCGAAAGAACUGGUGAUUCAGUGGCACCUCAAGUUUGCAUCGUAUGCAUGUCUAUAGUAGCCGCAUGGCGGAGCAAAAAUACACCAUAAACUUUAAGGUCCUGUUUUGUUUAAUUUUUUUUUUGGAAGUUUUGAGGUCUAAACACUAAUAAUUAAACUAUAGCAAAACAGUGUAAACUAAGAUUAUAUAUAAAUUAACAAAUCAAAAUAUAUGUUUAUUAUACGAAUUUCUAUACUUGACAAGAUAAACGUAAACACUAAGCACUAGUAAU